UAUUUUUGUCGUGUCAUGAGGAUGUCUCCUUUCAGAUACUACUGCGACAUGUUAUUUGAGGUCAUGAAAAAUGAGCAACCUUAUGACAGCAUCCCGAAUUUUAGUGCUGCUGAUGCCUUACGGCUCACUGGAGUUGGAAGAAAUGAAUUUAUCGACAUCAUGAAUAAGUGCAAGUCUAAGAAAAUUAUGUGGAAACUGAACAAAUCAAUAGCGAAAGAACUGUUGCCCACGCAGCCAGUGGACUUUGUUAUUGAGCCAUGGUGGGCAGUUUGUCUAGUCAACUUUACUAUGGAAGAAUUUAAGAAGUUGACAGAAGAAGAAAUGGCAACAAUAGAUAAAAUCUGUGAGGAAGCAAAUUCUUUCAUUCUUUUUGAUCCUGAAAUUAUAAAAGGCCUACAUCGACAUGGACUAGUGUAUUUUGACGUUCCUGUCUAUGCUGAUGAUCGUUUUAAAGUUUCCAGGCUUGAAGGGUUCGUUUCAAACCGAGAGCAGUCUUAUGAAGAUCCCAUUGAGGAGUUGCUGUACGCUGUUUUUGUGGUUUCAAGUGAGAAUUCAACUGUUGCUGAGUUAUCAACAACAUUACAAGCUGAUCUUUCUCAAUUGCAAGCAGCUGCUUCUUUUGCUUGCCGAUUAGGAUGGGCUAUCAAACUAAUCGAUCCAUCUUCUAUUCUGCAAGAUUCUAAUGUCCUGGGGUUACCCAAAAGUAUCCUCAGCGACGAGGAAGAUAGUUCAAAUGCUAGCUUGGGCUUUGCAAAUGCAUCCACUGAUGGCAUUGCUUUUCAGCAAGGAGAAAUUCCAUGGGCAGAAAAUAAUAUCUCCGGGACUGGUUAUGGUCGAAUUGCUUUCCUUGUUGACGCUAAUAUUACUUCGUAUCUUAUGAUGGGAUCGGUAUCACCAGGUCUAAAAUCUCACGCGGUGACUUUAUAUGAAGCUGGAAAACUAGGUCACGCUAGCAUUACAGAUCUUUGUAAUGAUUUGAGCACACUAGAGGGGGCAAUAUUUGAAGGCGAACUGCAGGAGUUUGCAAAUCAUGCAUUUAGCCUUCGGCAUGUCCUGGAAUGUCUAACAUCAGGAGGGGUUCCAUCUGAAGAAGUCGAAAAGACCACUAUUGUUUCUGGUAGAAGUGAUGAUGCUACUUCCUUGAUGGACAUUUCUUCUACUGAAAACUCAGGAGAUUCUGCUACAAAUGAGUUUGAGAUACAUGAUGAGAAUUCGGUACAUUCUGGAACACCAAAAGAAUGUACUGAUGAGAGAAAACAUCUAUAUGGUAAUUCUGCUAGUGACAGUAUAUAUGCUAAGACUGAUGAGAAGUCGGUAUGUACUGAAGAUUUAAACAUCGCGAAAGGUUUAAAGAAACAGAAGAAUUACCGUGUGGAUAUACUCCGAUGUGAAAGCUUGGCUGCUCUAUCACCGGCUACUUUAGAUCGUCUAUAUCAGCGUGACUAUGAUAUUGUCAUAUCCAUGGCUCCCAUUCCUCCUUCAGUUUCGCCAGGAGCCAAAGGCCCUGCUCAUUUUGGACCGCCCUCACCCUCGUCUAUGACACCUUGGAUGAAGUUGGUGCUAUAUUCUGCUAUGGCUAGUGGACCUAUAUCUGUUGUUCUGAUGAAAGGUCAAUGUUUAAGAAUGCUUCCUGCACCAUUAGCUGGUUGUGAGAAAGCACUUGUAUGGUCAUGGGAUGGAUCUUCUAUUGCAGUUUCAGGGAAGAAAUCGGAAGGGAACUUAGUGAAAGGUAGUAUACUUUUACAUUGUGUAAAUUCACUUCUCAAUCAUUCAGCUGUUCUUGUCCAGCCACUCAGCAGACAUGAUCUUGAUGAGGCUGGAAGAGUUGUUACUUUGGAUGUCCCCUUACCCUUGAAAAACUCUGACGGUUCAACAGCUCGGAUAGGGGAGGAAUUAGGAUUGUCCAACAAAGAGAUGUUCAAUUUGAACUCAUUACUAGCUGGUUUAGGAAACAAAAUGAGCUUUUGGACUGUUGGUUAUAUUCGUCUAUUAAGACUUCACAAAGGUAGACUCUUGGAAAACCUUGCACCUGAUGAUCAUGAGAUGUAUGAAUGGGUUCCACUAAGCGUAGAAUUCGGUAUCCCACUGUUUAGUCCAAAAUUGUGCAAUAAUAUAUGCAAGAGAGUAAUCUCAUCGCAGCUACUCCAAACGGACUUAUUCACGGAGCAUCAUAACGAAAUGCAAGACUUAAGAAGGAGACUACGAGACGUUUGUACUGAGUAUCAAGCCAAUGGUCCAACCGCGAAACUCCUUUACCAAAAAGAACAAUCUAAAGAUGCAUCCCGGCAGCUUAUAACCUAUGCGAGUAGAAGGUGGAACCCCCGCGUUAAUCCUUCUUCUCCCAUUUCUGGUCCUACUAGCAAAAGCCAGAGGCUGAAACUUGCUAAUAGACAACGAUGUCGUACAGAAGUUCUGAGUUUUGAUGGCAACAUUCUGAGAUCAUAUGCCCUGCCUUCUAUUUACGAGGCUGCGGAAUCGCCUUCAAAAACUACUAAAGUUGAUCACGAUGAUACUGACAGUAAAGAACUGAUUCACCCUGGUGCAAAUCUUCUAUAUGAUGGAUCUGAACUACGCCCUUUCGAGAUAGGUGCUUGCCUGCAGGCUCGUCAACCUGUUUAUUUAAUCGCUGAGGCCGCUGCAGCAUCUGCAUUUUCCCCAGUUAAAUAG